CUGCAGAUUUUCGCUUCUCGAGUUUGUUCUCUUUCGUUUCGCUUUGGUCUUCUUCAUCUUGAUUUAUUCGGCAACUAGAGUAAAUGAAAUCUGAAAUGACCUUAGAUAAAGAGGCAGAGAAAAAGAUUCUAACUGAACCAGGAGAUAAUUUAAAAAUAAUAUGCCUGGGAGACAGUGCUGUUGGAAAAUCCAAGCUUGUUGAAAGAUUUCUGAUGGAUGGAUACAAACCACAACAAUUAUCAACAUAUGCCCUUACACUCUUCAAAUAUGAGACAAAGUUAAACGGCCAGAAAAUUAAUAUCGAUUUCUGGGAUACUGCUGGACAAGAGAGAUUUUCAAGUCUUCAUGCAUCAUACUAUCAUCAAGCUAGUGCAUGUAUAUUAGUAUUUGAUGCAACAAGAAAAAUUACUUACAAAAACUUAGCAAAUUGGUAUAAAGAACUCAGACACUAUCGACCAAAUAUUCCCUGUCUUCUUGCCGUAAAUAAAAUCGAUGAGGACAUUGGUGUGACACAAAAAAGUUUUGCUUUCGGAAAGAAACAUUCAUUACCAUUUUAUUACGUCUCUGCUGCAAAUGGAACAAAUGUUGUGAAGCUCUUCAGGGAUUCCAUUAAAGCUGCUUUGUCUUAUAAGCAAAAUACAACAGAUUAUAUGGAUCAUGUUUUACAAGAACUUGACAAUUUUGAUAAACUUGGUGUUAGAGACAGCGAUUCAGACUUAUCAGAAGAUGAGAAUGCAGACGGAGAUAACGGGAUUUCUCAAGAUAGAGCAACCAGAUCAAAAGGAUCCAACUCUUAUUCCAAUUCAAACACCACCACAUGAAUAUGCAAACUAUAGUACAAAUUUUAUGGCCAUGCUUGAAAAUCUAUUAUUUUAUAAUAUGCGAGUAACCUUGGAAAUUGUGUAAAAUUAUUUUAAUAAAGUGUACUCUAUGGAUCAUGUUUAACUUGUUAUGGAUCCUACCAAAGUGAUUUCAAUGUCAUUCUUGGCCAGAAUGCCAGAAAUGCAUAAUACUUUCUUAUCUUAGUUCAAUAUUAUCUGUUCGCAUCUUUAACAAUCGCUGUUACAAUUCUCAUGCUUUCAGCACUUUUGCCAAAGAUUUUACAAUGGGUUGCAUAAUUGUUUUGAGUAAUUUGUGGAAAUAAUAUGUUUCGUGUUAUUUAUGUAUAUUUAGAUUGUCUAAAUAUUAGGAAUUACUAUUCUGUUAUUCAGCUCUUCUGUGAAAAUAUAUAUAAUUCGCUGUCUUAGUUCAAGGCCUGUUUUGUUAAUUAAAUUUUAAUCUGUAUUAUUUUUAUACUAUGUUGUUCUCCUUAUUUCUUUUGUAAUUAUUCUGUAUUUACUGUUGCAUUGCCUAUUUGUUAUCAGUUUAGUAUUUAUUUUUGUUAGCGUAAGGUAGUAAAUUAUGAUAUUACAAAAGAUAUCUGA